GAAGCAAUAGUACACAUAGGAAGAAAAAAUUUAAAUAGUAGUAUAAAGGGAUAAGAAUUUAUAUGAAAUCAAGAAUUUCGAAAUUUUUCGAAUGGCGUCGAAGGAAUUAUCUCCAGCGAAAAACCACCCAACCGCCCCCUUCCCCGGUAUUAACUCCCCGCGCACUACUGCCGCUUCCACCGCUGCUGCGGCACGACGCCAUCACUCCCACUCACCGAGCUCACUCACUCACCAAUGGCAGCUCUUCGCUACCCAUUCCUCUUCCUCGUCCUCGCGCUGGCGCUGUGGAUCCCGGCGCCGUUGCAAGCCGACGGCGGCGGCGGGGAGGCGAGGAAGACGUACAUCUUCCGCGUGGACCACCGCGCCAAGCCGUCGGUGUUCCCCACCCACGCGCACUGGUACGCAUCCGCCGCCUUCGCCUCCGCGGCCGGGGCCGGCCCGCUCGAGCCACUCCACGUAUAUGACACCGUCUUCCACGGCUUCUCCGCGUCCGUGCCGGCGUCCCGCGCCGAGGAGCUGCGGCGCCACCCGGCCGUGCUCGCGGCCUUCGAGGACCGGGUCCGGCAGCUCCACACCACCAGGUCGCCCCAGUUCAUGGGGCUCCGCGCGCGGCUCGGCCUAUGGUCCCUCGCGGACUACGGCUCCGACGUUAUCGUUGGGGUGCUUGACACCGGCGUGUGGCCCGAGCGCCGCAGCUUGUCGGAUAGGAACCUGGCGCCCGUCCCCGCGAGGUGGCGCGGCGGCUGCGAUGCGGGGCCUGGCUUCCCCUCCUCGUCGUGCAACAAGAAGCUUGUCGGCGCGCGGUUCUUCUCCCAGGGCCACGACGCACACUACGGCACCACGGCUGUGGCGUCCAACGGGUCCGUGGAGUUCUUGUCGCCCCGGGACGCCGAUGGGCACGGGACGCAUACGACAACGACAGCGGCGGGCAGCGUCGCGUACGAGGCGAGCAUGGAGGGGUACGCGUUGGGCGUCGCUAAGGGCGUCGCGCCCAAGGCCAGGGUGGCCGCGUACAAGGUGUGCUGGAAGGGCGCCGGCUGCAUGGACUCCGACAUCCUCGCGGGCUUCGACCGCGCCGUCGCGGACGGCGUCGACGUCAUCUCCGUGUCCAUCGGAGGCGGCAACGGCGUUACGUCGCCGUUCUACCUCGACCCUAUCGCGAUCGGCUCGUACGGCGCCGUCUCACGUGGAGUGUUCGUGGCCACCUCCGCCGGAAACGAGGGGCCAACUGCCAUGUCAGUGACCAACCUCGCCCCAUGGCUCGCCACAGUGGGUGCCGGCACCAUCGACCGUAGUUUUCCCGCUGAAAUCGUGCUCGGCGACGGCAGACGCUUGCCAGGGGUGUCACUGUACUCCGGCAAGCCUCUGGCCAAUUCAUCGUUGCCUUUGUAUUACCCCGGGAGAUCGGGCGGGCUGUCCGCUUCCCUGUGCAUGGAGAACUCCAUCGACCCGUCACUGGUGAAAGGCAAGAUCGUCAUCUGCGACCGCGGCAGCAGCCCGCGCGUGGCCAAGGGGAUGGUCGUGAAGGAAGCUGGUGGCGCGGCAAUGAUUCUUGCUAAUGGAGAGGCCAACGGCGAAGGCCUUGUUGGAGACGCCCAUGUCCUCCCUGCUUGUUCAGUGGGAGAAAAAGAGGGCGACGCGCUCAAAGCUUAUGCUGCCAACGCCUCCAACCCGACUGCAACAAUUAGCUUCGGUGGCACGGUCAUCGGCGUCAAGCCGGCGCCUGUGGUGGCCUCCUUCUCGGCGCGUGGACCCAACGGACUUGUCCCGGAAAUCCUCAAGCCGGACUUCAUCACCCCGGGCGUCAACAUCCUCGCGGCGUGGACGGGCGCCACGGGCCCAACCGGCCUGGAAGACGAUACCCGCCGCACGGAGUUCAACAUCCUGUCGGGGACGUCCAUGGCGUGUCCGCACGCGAGUGGAGCCGCUGCGCUCCUCCGAUCAGCGCACCCCUGGUGGUCGCCGGCGGCGAUACGCUCUGCGCUGAUGACCACGGCCAUCGUCGUCGACAACCGCGGCGGGCCCUUGGAAGACGAGGCCGAGCCCGGGCGCGCCGCGACGCCGUUCGACUACGGCGCGGGUCACAUCACCCUGGGCAAGGCCCUGGACCCGGGCCUGGUCUACGACGCCGGGGAGGACGACUACGUCGCGUUCAUGUGCAGCAUCGGCUACGAGGCCAACGCGAUCGAGGUGGUCACGCACAAGCCCGUGUCGUGCCCCGCGACGACGAGCAGGAAUCCCUCGGGCUCCGACCUGAACUACCCGUCCAUCUCCGUGGUGCUCUACGGAGGCAACAAGUCCAGGACGGUGAUCCGCACGGCGACCAACGUCGGCGCCGAGGCAUCCGCGACGUACAAGGCGCGCGUGCAAAUGGUCAGCACCAGCGUGUCGGUGGCCGUGAAGCCGGAGAUGCUCGUCUUCUCGCCGACCGCCAAGAAGCAGAGCUUCAAGGUGACGGUGACUGUGCCGUCCGCUCCGCCCUCCUCGGCGCCGGUGUACGGAUACCUCGUCUGGUCGGACGGCGGCGGCCAUGACGUCCGGAGCCCCAUCGUGGUGACGUGGCUGCUACCCAUGUGACUGUUAAGUGGGGACACUGGACUUGUGGAGGGGCCACCGGAGCUGGCGAUAGGAUGACAGCAGGAGUCAAGAGCAGUGGCCCAGUAACGGUAAAGUUGCGCGGUCGGCACUGCGCCAUUAAAGGCGGCAGCGCUCGGUACUUUAAUUCGGUGGGGUCCUGCACUCUCUGGAAAUUGAUUUACCGCGCAUGCUGCAACAGUAUGAAUGUAGUCACGCCGUGACAGUGGUGUGUACUUGAGUCGGGCGAUUUCGUUUGCUGGAAAAUAUUAGGUGAAAAUUACUAAGUGCUCAUUUGGAAUCUAGGAAUUUUAUAUAAAUAAAAUUAGUUUAAUUUUACAGAAAAA